GUGCCCCUCAUUCCUCAUUUUAAGGGUCGCGAUAACUUUCACCGCCGAUUCUGAACAUGUCAACUUCCAUUUUGUCCAUUAACUUAAACACAUUUUCCAAUUUUCUCGUUUUUUAAUUUCCUUUCACAUAUUCAAGAAUAUACAAUAAAGAGGUCGUUCCUCUUCUUUUCUUCUCUUCAUCAUCAUCAUCAUCAUCUUUCCAGCAGAUCAUUUUCUUUUACACCAAGAGCCCCAGGCUCCUCAUAUGUUGCUGAGUGCCGAAUUAACAGGUAAACAAAAUGUCGUCUUUCAGCGGCACGCAGCAGAAAUGUAAGGCCUGUGAUAAGACUGUUCAUUUUGCGGAGAUGAUGUCAGCUGAUGGAGUUCCUUAUCAUAAUACUUGCUUUAGAUGCACCCAUUGCAAUGGACGACUCACGAUGAGCAACUAUUCUAAAUCCCCACUGGAUGGAUCCUUGUAUUGCAAGCCUCAUUUCGAGCAGCUCCUUCGGGAGAACGGAGGGUUUGCUAACAAACUUGCAACCUCGGGGAAGCCAAAUGGACUGAGCAGGGCUCCAAGUAAAGUAUCAACUUUGUUCUCUGGUACCCAAGAGAAAUGCAACGUCUGCAAGAAAACAGUUUAUCCUUUGGAGAAGGUGACGGUGGAAGGAGAAUUUUACCACAAAUCAUGCUUCAGGUGCGCUCACGGAGGCUGCUUUCUUAACCCCUCAUCUUAUGCUGCUCUAGAUGGGAUUCUCUAUUGCAAGCCCCACUUCUCUCAAUUGUUUAAGCAGAAGGGCUGCUACAAUCAUCUCACCAAGACAACUUCAUUGAAGAAAAGUGGUUCAGAAGAAGGAGCUGCGCUAGCAAAGGAGCAAGAAUCCAGCGCCGAACCAAAAGAAGAAGAAGCAGAAAACGCCCAAUAAGAAAAAAUAUGAAGUAGAAUCCGCACCCAGCCGCAUGAUUUCUAACGCUAUGAUCAUUUCUAGGGCAGGUUUUCUGUGGCAUUUUUGGCAUGUUAUCCGCUUUUGAUUGUUUGGUUGCAUUCAUGAA